AUGUUUUCAAAAAUCAAAAAACUCGCUAAGACUUCGCCUUCGCCUGUCACUUCGAAAGACGCAAUUGCUCCAUCGCUUUCGCCUGUCACUUCGAAAGACUCAACUGGUUCAUCGCAUUCGCCUGUCACUUCGAAAGACUCAUCUGCUUCAUCGCCGUAUACUACAGUCGCACUAUCACAGAUAGUUGAAAAUUUUCGUAUCCUUUGGUUAGAUGCUAAUAUCGACAAAACGAAUCCAGAUUGUUGUAAUACACUUACUCGUCUAAGACGUGUUGUCAGUACUGUUGAUACGUUUACUGAUGUUGAUCCAUGUGUGAAUUUUCUUAAAAAUGUUCAUGACGAAAAAGUUUUCAUGAUUGUAUCUGGUCGUCUUGGUGAAAAUAUCAUACCUAUCGUUCAUUCAAUGACUCAACUCGAUUCUGUUUUUGUUUUUUGUAGUAACAAAGCUCGCUAUGAACAUUUAAUGACUGCAUGGCCUAAAGUAAAGGGUAUACUUACCCAUAUCGAUACGAUUUGUAAAUCAUUGUAUCAAACUGCACAUCAUUUUAAUCAAGAUUCAAUGCCAAUGAGUUUUCUUUCGGCUAGUGGUACAUCAUCAUCCGGUUCAAUUCUAAAUCAAUCUGAUUUAAAUUUUAUGUACGGUCAAUUAUUCAAAGAAAUUUUAUUGGACAUUAACGAGGAUGAUGAACAAUCUAUCAAAGAACUUGCUCAGUAUUGUCGUGAGAAGUACAGUAACAAUCAAGUUGAAUUAGAGAAGAUCGAUCAAUUCGAACGAGAAUAUCAUCAGUAUCCACCUAUCUGGUGGUACACUUGUGAAUGUUUUAUCUAUCAUAUGCUCAAUCGAGCUUUGGGUACUCUUGACGUGGACAUUAUUCUCAAGAUGGGAUUUUUCAUUCGUGAUCUUCAUCGAAAUCUUGAAAAGCUACAUUCGGAAAAUAUUCAUCGUUAUAAGGGUCAAUCCUUAACUGUCUAUCGGGGACAAACGUUUAUCAAUCCCAAAUUUGAAAAAUUGAAGAAGAUGAAAGGUGGAUUGAUUUCAUUCAAUAAUUUCUUAUCUACUAGUCAAAAUGAAGAUGUAUCAAUUAAUUUUAGUCGUCGUGGUCUUGAAAAGAAGCCUGAUUCAGUGGGUGUACUCUUUCACAUGACUAUCGAUUUAGAAAUGUCGGCCAUUCCUUUUGCUGCAAUCGAAAAAACCAGUAGUUUCGAAUCGGAAAAAGAAGUUCUCUUCUCGACACAUUCUAUUUUCCGUGUUGGUGAGAUUACUCCGAUCGAUAAGAAAAAUAUGUUAUGGAGAAUCAAUCUUACUAUUACAAAUGAAAUCAAUUCAAAACUUCGUGUACUUAUUUCUAAUAUGCGAGAAGAAAUUGGUACUGCAAAAGGAUGGUAUCGAUUGAAUGAAUUGUUAAUCAAACUUGGUGAACUUGACAAAGCUCAAAAAGUAUGCAAUCUACUUAAACAGAAAGAUGGUGAAGCUUGCAAUCCAAUGCUCUAUGCUCAACUUGCACAAAUCGCUCGUGGUAAAGGUGAAUGUGACGAAGCAGCUGAACUUUACGAUAAAUCAACUCAAUUUAACAAACAAUCAUCUAAGAUUAAUAAAAUGGAAUCACUCUGA